AUGGCGGCGCCGGCCGCGCUGUUGUGCAGGGCCGGGUUAUGGUGCGGGGCCGGGCUGUGCUACGGAGCUGGUUUGUGCUGCCGGCCCGGGCUGUGCUGCCGGGCCAGGCUGUGCUGUGGGGCCGCCAGGGCGCUCCCAUCCGCCCCUCGCUGUGGCCGCGCCGCCUCCUCGUCGGCAGCCGCGGUGAGCGGCAGGGAAGGGCCGCAGCCCCGGGAAGCUUCAGUAAGGAGAAGAGGCAGGACACCACAGUUUGCUGCAAGUCCCAGAGCAGACAGGAUGGCUGUGGAUCAGGACUGGAGCAGUGUUUACCCAACAGCAGCUGCCUUCAAACCUGCCUCUGUGCCCCUCCCAAUCCGAAUGGGCUACCCAGUGAAGAGGGGAGUGCCUCCCCCAAAAGAGGGCAACUUAGAACUUAUCAAGAUUCCCAAUUUUUUGCAUCUUACUCCUCCUGCAAUUAAGAAGCACUGUGCAGCUCUUAAAGAUUUCUGCACUGAAUGGCCAAGUGCUCUGGACAGUGAUGAGAAAUGUGAACAGCAUUUUCCUAUUGAAACCGAAACCGUAGAUUAUGUUUCUUCAGGGACGUCUAUUCGCAAUCCCAAAGCAAGAGUGGUGACUUUAAGAGUUAAACUUUCUAACCUGAAUUUGGAUGACCAUGCAAAGAAGAAGCUUGUUAAACUCGUGGGAGAGCGGUACUGCCAGGAGACAGAUGUGCUCACAAUUGUCACAGACAGGUGUCCCCUAAGAAGACAGAACUAUGAUUAUGGCAUGCACCUGCUCACGGUCCUGUACCACGAAUCCUGGAAAACCGAGAAGUGGGAGAGUGAGAAGUCUGAGGAGGACAUGGAGGAGUAUAUCUGGGAAAACAGUCGCUCUCAGAAAAACGCCCUGGAUACUCUGCUUCAAAUAAAAGCCUCAGAGAGAGUCAGUAAUGUCUCCGAGGAAGAGCUGCUUGCAUCUGAAGUGGUUAAGAAUUACAAAAACUCUGUAGUUGCACUGAAAAAUGAGGGUGAAACAGAAAGUAACAUGUCUCAGUAUAAGGAAUCCGUGAAGAAGCUGUUGAACAUACAAGCGUGAGAGCAGGCUCUGCAGGUACACCUGGUCAUUACAGAAAUAUUAAGCUACUAUUAAUAUUCCUUAAUUAUAUGGAUAUAUAAUUAUUCAGAACCUUAAGCAAAAACGUGAGACUUGAUGAUGAUAAUCACAGGAGUAAUCAGUUUUUUCUUUACUGCUUAAUUUUCUGUAAACAUGGUCGUCCUGUCCAUGAAUCUUGUUCUUUGAAUAAAGUAUGUUUGGAUUCGUAUUG